AUGGAGAAUUCAAAUAAGCAAUUAUCAAGUAAAAUAAAGAACUUGAAGUUCAUGCAAAGAACUCGUUCAAAGGAAGAACGAGAGAAAGAAGAACAAGCUGAAAGAAAAGCUAUUUCUGAAGCUCAUUGGGUUAUUGAGACCGAGGAGACAGCAGCUUGGAAACCGAAGUUUGAGGUCGAAUAUGAACCAUCAUAUCUUCCAUUCAUUGAGAGUUCCAUUAGUCUUCGGCGGAAAUUUGUUUCGAAAUCAGCUACACCAGAUCUAAAUAACAUUUCAGAUUCAGAUAACGAUAUCAUCAGGUCAAUCAACAAAAUCACAAUUGAGCAGGAUUCUCCGACUACUUUUCGAAAUAGUCGACAAAUGACCAAAGAAGAACGAGCUAUCAGCCUUGAGAAAGCGCUCCAUGAAAGGCAUCUUGCUUUAGAGAAAAUUCGUUCAAAUCGUCAAUUGAAACCUCAAAAUAAACUAACACUAAAUAAUUCCUUAUCAUCGUCAUCAAUCAGUACUCCGAAUUCACGCAAAAAACGAAGAUACCACGAUAUUAUAUCACCCAACGAGUUUGGAAAUGAUGGCUAUUUGGACACACACACCCGUCACGAAGUGGAUGGCUCGCUGCCGAAAAAUAAAAAUCGUGAUCUUGUAUCUGAUUUUCUAAGCGAGCAAAAAUCUGUUUUAAGUGAUAAGGUCACAGUUGCGGGAGAAGAAAAGUCAAAGAAAAAGCGGCCCCGUAAUAGAAAAGGUAAAGAGAAAGAACCACUGUUUUUAAAGCCCGAAGAAUAA